UGGCGUUCGAAUACAGACAACUGAAUGUCGAACCAUUAAUCAUUGAGGAAUUAUUCAGCAGCCUCAGUGAAGGUUGGUCUUUAUAUGAAGUUUGCCUUGAUUGGCGUUCGAAUACAGACAACUGUAUGUCGAAUCAUCAAUCCUUGAAGCAUUAUUCGGCAACCUAAGUGAAGAAUGGUCGAAUGUGCCGUGACCCGCUUAUUAAAACUUCUUAAAGAAGACAACAGUCGACAUCUAAACGCUCAUUGCAUAGCACUAUGUCUGGAGCAAACAGAUCUUGCGGGAUUUGCAGAGAAAGUGUUUACAAAUGCAGUAAACUGUAUACAAGAAGAAAAAGACAAGUUUGAAAGUAUUCAUGACCUAGUUUCACUUGCUGUGAAUCUUUUUAAUGUGCCAUACUUGGAAACCAUAAUUAACGUUCUGAUAUUUAUUUGUAAAAUUUUUUCCUCUAUCAAAGCAUGUGGAGGUCUAUAUUCUAUGAUAUCAGAGAAUUUACGUUUGGAAUUGUCGGAGAAAAUGAGAGAUAUUGAAGAAAAAUUGCAUGAAUUUUGUGAAUGUUUUGAGGCACGAAGUGGUGAGUUAAAGUGCUUGAAUGAGCAUGGAGAGAAAACAGAAGAAAGUAUUGAAAGGCUCUUAGAUAAUGCCAACUACAAGGAAAUCGGUAUGGGCUUUUCGGGAUCGUUACAGGCUAUCAUUUUAAGGUAUAAAAACAUCCGUGAAGAAAACACUCUCAAGUUUGUUGGAGAGUGUUUGAAUGUGUAUGUACGUGUUGCGAUCAUGCGAUGUAUGAUGCACAUUUUGCUUUUGUCAAUUGUACCUGAUGAAACAAUGGAAUGCGCAACAGAGCGAAUUAAGAUGUAUAUGGAAAACGAUAGCCGGCGAAGAGUUGUUUUUCUAAACAGGAUACUGGAGCCCAGCCACGAGAAUGCUAUAUUUCUGUCAUCAUUUAGCAUUACAGAUUAUCCUCAAGUGGAUAUGUUUCUAAAAGCUAAAUGGUCUGCUACAAAAGAACAGUCAUGCAGAUGGGAAAUCGGUGAUUUUUUGACAAACAAAAGCAUUGCUCUGCAUCCGGUAGUAUUUCGAGGUCAUUGGAUGAAUACAGCUGCCUUAAAAUAUGUAUGGAGUACAUCUACGGCGCCACAUGAUGAUUAUGGUCAAUUUUGCUUUGAAGUUGCAUCGAAAGGAGAAAAUAUAUUUUUCAUCAAGUCAUUUAAAACGCAGUCUUCAUAUAUUUAUAUGAGACCCAAUUCAUUUCUAGGCAAAACGAGUAUUCGACCAAGAGAGGAAGGAAUGUUCAAGGUUCUCCGUUUACAGAAUGACAAUUGUUUGAUAUCCGUUGUUAAAUACCCUGGCAGAUUCAUUUAUAUGCCGAACACUAUUUGGGGUAAGAUAAAAGGGGCUGUGACAGACGAUAUGUAUCCUGAAGGCCAACCAACUGAACGACAUGAAUGGUCACUUAAGGAAGUUUGUCAUCGUAGAAAUGAGGAUAAAAUCAAUAAAGUUGAAAAUCCUAAAAUCAUUAGUGCCUUCGCCUCCAAAAAGAAGUGACAAAACAUUAAUCAAUAGACAUAACAUUAUUUCAAUGUGACAUUUUCUUUCACGAAAUGGAUCUUAUUUCAACCAAAUUCAACUAAAUGUAAGAAUAUGACAUGGAACUUUCAAAGAAUGCAUAAACAUACGAACAUUUUAACUACAUGUAUUCAUCACACUUUUACAUUUUGGAAAAUCAUUAUAUGUUACAUAUGUGU